GCAUUUUAGCCGUUGAGUGAGACAGGUGAAAAAUAUGGCAAAGGGACAAGAUAAGGUUUGGGACUUUGGGGAGAUAACACGAAUCGAAGUAACGAAUAUGAAAGGAAUGAAAAUCUCUCUGUUGCGAUGGAUCUCAGUCUCAAGCUUCAAUCUUUUUCAUUCCCCUCCUCAGUUUCGACUUCAUGUGCUAAGGAUGUGAGGUUCUUAAAGUCGAUUUCUUUCUUUGAUGUGAACAAAUCCUCACAUCACAGAGCUAAGAGGUCAUCAUCAUCAUCAUCAUCAACAGCGAUUCCGGCUUUAGUUGAAACAGCUGUUUCUGUAGCGAUUGCAGCCACGGUUGUUGGCACUGCAGCCACUCUUCUUGUUCGUAGAAAUACCAAAGCCAACGAAGAAGCCGAGGCUUCUAUGAAAGAAUGUGAAGUUUGCGGCGGUUCAGGAAUCUGUUCUGAGUGCAAAGGUGAAGGAUUUGUCUUGAAGAAACUAUCAGAUGAAAAUGCUGAGAAAGCAAGACUCACUGCAAAGAACAUGGCCACAAGAUAUACAGCCGGGCUUCCCAAGAAAUGGAGCUACUGCACUAAAUGUUCUUCCACCCGAUCUUGUAUAACUUGUGGUGGGAGUGGAAAGACAAGCUACUAGCGGUUUUCGCAGUGUACACAAGUAUGUUAUAAACUCUGUUUCUUGGGCCAAUCUUCAAAUUUUUAGCAUAGCUUUCUGGUUUGUAAUGAUUUGAAAACUUUCAUCAAACUUUAGUUUUACAUUUGCAAUCUUACUAGUUUAGUUCCUUCUUACUAUUUUAAUGCAAUCUGUUUCUGAGACGUAAAGAUUCAUUAAA